AUAACUUUUGUUGACGUAUGAAUAGUUUGGGAUCGGCCACUAUUUGCGUUUUAUAGCGAUUUAUUCGCCUAAAAUUGAACAUUUUAUGUAAUUUGUUGACCAUGUCGGGGCAAAAUGUUAACGUUUGUGACAUCGGCGAAGAUGUAAAAAAUGUAUUAAAGAAGUUUCGUUUUCAAAAGCACAAUUCUAAUUCAGCAUUAAUUUUAAAGGUGAACAGAGAAAAACAAGCACUAGAAGUGGAUGAGGAACUAGAGAGUGUGGAGCUUGAAGAACUGCAGGAUAUACUGCCCUCACAUCAGCCCCGAUUUAUUAUAUACAGUUACAAAAUGGAACACAAUGAUGGGCGCACCUCAUUUCCUAUGUGCUUCAUAUUUUAUACACCCAGAGAUGCACAUAUGGAAUUACAGGUAAUGUACGCGGGCACGCAGCGCGCCCUGGCGGCGGCGGUUGGGGCACCGCGACUUCUCGAAGUUCGGGAGAUCGAUGAACUCACAUCUGAUUGGCUGAAUGAGAAACUCAACAGAUAGAUUUUAAUACCAAUAGGAUACAGGUCACUUGUAAGAAAACUAGUAAGUAAGUCACACUUUUUUUAAAUUGUAUGUACAGGAUGUACAAAUUAUUGAAAUUAUAUUUUUUUAAGUUUUACUUGAGUUUCAAAAUCUUUUAAAAUUGAAAAGAAUAUUCCUUAAAAAUUCAGUCCAGUAUUAUUUUUAAGUAUGUUUAAAUUAUAUUUAAUCAACAAAGUACAUUAUUAAGUAUUGCCACAUUGAAUGUUGAUAAUUCUUGCCAGUGACUUGUGUUUUUGUAUCUCGUUUGUAUUUACUUUCCAAAUGCUGUUACAAGCAAUAUAUAAUAAUUAGAAUAAGAGGAUAUAUAUACAUAAUAAUAAGAAUGUGCGCACAUGUGAGAGAUGUAUUUGUUGUUUUACCAAAAUUUUUAAUAAACCUUUUUUGGACCAAAAUUUUUCUAAAAUAGGCUGGAAUAGAACUCCAACACUAACAAGAAUCUAGGUGUUUUACAUAAAGACAUUCCAAAUAAAUUAUAUUAUUAUUUACUUAAAAGCUUUAUGAAUCUUAAUAAAAUACUCGUUUUUUAAUUUAAUAAAAUAGAUUUUUUAUUGUGAAUAGUCCCAAUUAUAUUCCAAUUAAUACGUCGAUGAAUUUAUUUUCGUAAAGAAUAUUUUAAACACAUUUAUAUGCAGUUUUUGUUAUAAUAAAA